CUGCCUAAGGGAAACUCGUAACUGGUAUAUAGAGGAUAUUUUCACAGGUAUUACCGUUUAAAACCACAUUCCGUUAUUUUGAGGCGUACUGCAAGAAAGCGAGCCUUCACCAGAUCACCCUAGUCCGGAUUUUAAUCGGAAAAAAGGUUUCUAGAUCGCCAGGAUGAAUCCUCAGCAGCGGAUUGCCGCUCUCGGAACAGACAAGGAAUUAAGCGACCUGCUGGAUUUUAGUGCGAUGUUCUCUCCGCCUGUGAGUGGAGCGAAGAACAGGCCCACCACACUUGGAAGCAGUCAGUUCAGUGCAUCAGGUAUGGAAGAGCGGACCAACCAAGCGUCUUGGGCCCCAGGUGGCGAGUCCAGUCCCUCCUAUGAGUCUUCCCGGGGUUUUGCAGACAGCCCUCAUUAUGGCGAUCAUCUGAGUGACAGUCGAUUAGUGUCCCAUGAAGGAUUGUCCCCAACACCUUUUAUGAACUCCAACAUAAUGGGUAAAUCAGAGCGGGCUUCAUUUGUGAACUUUGGGAGGGAUUCUGGAGCGUCUGGCUGCCAGUCUUCUGUAAGACCAGACGUCGGGUUGGCAAGUCCGAGUCCAGUGACUCUGUCUGGGAAGUCAGCUGCACCGUUAUACUCCUUCAACGCAGGCAAUCCUAGAAGACGCUCUCUACAAGAUGCUCCGUCCAUUGAUCCUCUACAAACAAAAAAGGUUCGCAAGGUCCCCCCUGGCCUGCCUUCAUCUGUGUAUGCACCAUCUCCAAACUCAGAAGACUUCAACAGAGAUUCUCCCUCGUACUCCUCUCCUAAACCCUCCAGCAGUAUGUUCGCAAGCACUUUCUUUGAUGGUACCCACAGUUCAUCUGACCCCUGGAACUCAUCCAAUGGGAUCAGUCAGCCUGGUUAUGGGGGAAUGCUCGCAGGAUCUUCAUCUCACAUGCCACAGUCAGGAAACUACAGCAGCCUGCAUGCACAUGAUCGCUUGAAUUACCCCGCACACUCAGUCUCUCCAGACAUCAAUGCCAGUCUUCCUCCCAUGUCCAGCUUUCACCGGAGCAACACCAACGCUUCACCAUUCGUCACAGCGGCACACACCACAUCUGCCAAUGCAGCCGAAGGGGUCAUGGCGGCUGCAAAUCGAGGGAAUGCCACUGGAAGCUCACAGACUGGAGACGCACUGGGCAAGGCUUUAGCCUCGAUUUAUUCGCCUGACCACACUAACAGUAGUUUUCCAUCCAACCCAUCGACACCUGUGGGGUCUCCUUCACCCCUGACCGCAACAGCAGGGGCUGCCUCAGCGGGUACCGUAGUGACUGCAUCCAGCACCCCGUCUGGAAGGCCAGGAACCAAUCAGUGGCCUCGCACCAGUGGACAGACCCCCUCUUCUCCAAAUUAUGAGAACUCCCUUCACUCACUAUCUCGAAUGGAGGAUCGUCUGGACAGACUGGAUGAUGCAAUACUCGUUCUGAGGAACCAUGCUGUGGGCUCCACUGCCAGUCUGCCCAGCGACUUACACAGUCUGCUGGGACAGGCGCAAAAUGGGCCAAUCGCAGCCAUUGGAGCAAACUUCCCUGCCUCUGCAUUGGUUCCAAGUCGGACAGCAGCAAUGCAGGGUGGUGCCCAUGUUGAUGAUGCUGUCAGCCUAAACAACAGCCACAGUGGUCUACCCAGCGCUGGCUCCACAUCCAGCACAGAACUCAACCACCAAGUGGAAGCAUUCAGAGGUCUUUCUUCAGCCCUGGCUGGCCAGGUGCCUGCCACCCUGGAGCUGAAGGUGGAGAAGCAGGACAAAGAUGAGAUGCAAGAGGACCUCACUGCUGAUGAUAAGUCUGAUGAUGACAGUGACAGAAGAGACAUGAGGACACCCAGAGCAGGCACACGCACAAGUAUCACUGAAGAUGAGGACUUGAAUCCAGAGCAAAAAGCUGAGCGUGAGCGCGAGAGGAGGAUGGCCAACAACGCACGCGAGCGCCUAAGGGUGCGGGACAUCAAUGAGGCCUUCAAAGAGCUCGGUCGUAUGUGUCAGCUUCACCUGAAGAGCGAGAAGCCUCAGACCAAACUUCUCAUCCUCCACCAGGCUGUGGCCGUCAUACUCAACUUAGAGCAGCAAGUCAGAGAGCGGAAUCUGAACCCCAAAGCAGCCUGCCUUAAGAGGAGGGAGGAGGAGAAGGUGUCUGGGGGCUCUGGUGACACUCAACAAGCUCACACAGGGGUUCAUCCAGGCCUGACUGACACAUCCAACCCCAUGGGCCACCUCUGAGAAGCAGACAGAUCAAAGUGAUCCAGAUCAUUUCUGUCCCGUUUGAGUCGGCGUUCUUGCUUCCCAGUGACAUACAGGACUCUCAGUUUGUGACACCAAUUGGAGGAGAUAGACCACUUGAAGGAAAAACUACGUGACUCACACAAUCCAAUCCUACGAUUGAAGAAGAAACAGAGCGUCCAGAUCCCUGUGACCAGUUUCCAUCUGCAAAUUUCUCCCCCCGAAGAAGUAAAUGAAAACCUUCAGCACAUAUCACUGUCUGUAAGAAGUGUGUCGCUUCUGAACAAUCAGAGACUUUGCAAUCUCCUCCAACCGUAUGUGGAAAUUGCCUUGUGCCUAAACUGAAUUGACGAAUGCAUUGUAACAGCAAUUUUUUUGUCUUUCUUUUUUUUCUAUUUAUUAUGUUAUUGAGCUAUAAAGUGUAUGUCUAAAGGGAAAGUUAAGCAAAUUCAAAGAGAAGUAUGUAGCUUUUCAGUUGAUCUAUUGUUUGCCAGUGUCACCAUUAAAACUGAGCACUCCACCCCACGCAAUCUUUGGCAAGUCUCGAGAUGAGGGGAAAAUAUUUGGGCACUGAGAAGAUUAAUUUAUUGGCCAGUUUAGAGUUAUAUUUAUACCCAACUGAAAGCAUCAUUAGCUGUUAGAAAAGAAGACAUAAAAGCGCCCCAUGUUUGAAAAACAAAGAUUAUAUAUUAUUUAUAUUUAUAUUUUAUAAAUCUGCCACUGGCCACAUGCGUAACCAAAACUACCUAUGUUUGUUUCUCUGUAGUUUAGAUCAGUUUCUGUCCAGCUGUCAGGCCGACUACAUAAGCAACAAUAUUUAUACAAAGGUGACAGGCGAACGGCAAACUCUAGGUUUACUGAAAGCUCAGAUUUUUUUUUUUCUCCUCGGUAGUGAGCAGUGAAAUUACAGAGAGCAAUCUACUUGCAAACCUUAGCAUUCCCUGCAGUUUUUAGUGUCUUAACUAAAGGAAAAAGGGGAAGUUGUUGCCCUCCUUUGCCAUAUAGUGUUAAACGUAAGCAGUGACUUUUUUUUUUUGUCUUUGAUUAGCAUCCUGACAGUUACUCGCUCCUCCUGACGUCAGCACAGAAGUGGCUUUUUCUUUUCUAUUUUUUGUACCUUUCUCGCCACCAGCUAAUCAGAGACUGCUUUAUGAAGAUGUAGUUAAAAUCAAACGACGACCACCUUUUCUCCUGGCCUGAUGAACACAACUUUAUUUCCUCUCUCGUCAUAUCGCUAAACAUUUAAUUUAAAACACAGUUAUUCUUUAGUUAUGCUUCUUUGUGAUGUAACAAGUCCUUUCUAUACACUUCCAGCAUUACAGUGUCCAUUUUCAGUAAGAGGAGAGAAUAUGUUCUAAGUUAUUUUUCAACCAAACACUCAGCCUGACUCAAUACUUCACAGACUUAGUUGGACAUCAUAGAACUGUAGCAGAAUAAUGAACAAAACUGGGAUUUACCUUUAUGUUUCAUGGUCAUGGCUUUAUUUUGUGUUCCCUCUCAGUGUGCAUGCUUUACGUUUCUCCUUUUAUGAAGUCUUUGGUCUUAAGACUUGCUUUAUAUUCCAUUUAUUUCUUUGUAUAUUGUCGUCUCUCAUUACCUACACCUCAAACAAGGCUGGCGCAUUCAGAAGGACUUUCCUCAACAAUAAAGGGACUUAAAUUAACAAAAACAAUGCCACACAAAGAGUUUACAUCAAAGAUUUACCAUUUGACCUCUAAAAUCCUACAGGGGUUUUGUGUAUGCUCUGACUGAAUGUGGCCUUGUUCUUCAUUUCAGUAUUUAUGGGCUUGUAUUCAUGUCAGCAAACUUUGAUUGAGGGUAUAAUGUACGCCACUUCCUGCUCUCUUUCCUUCCUUUUUUAAUUUCCUAUUCUUCCUAUAAUUCUUUGCUCCUCUGUUUGCCAAGUUAGACUUUGCUGUAUUCCCAGAUGCUUUCCCUUGUACAAUAUAUGAAGAAAAAAAGGAAGUCAAAAGGAAAAAAAAAACAUUUGGCUUAUUUUUCACUGUAGUUAGUCUUUUAUACAAUAAUACUGUAAGAAUAUUUCUUGAAUUCUAAAUAUUACUCUUUCUAGAUUUUUGAAAGCAAAGUUUUGAGGAAAAAGUUUCUUACUUUAUUUUACUAUAUUAGAUAGUAAAAUGUACGGUUACUUAUGAUAACCUGUCCAUUAUUACAGGAAAUUUACAUCUCAAGUACAUGGCUGAAAUGUCACUCGUAGACUUCAAAAGGCUUCGUACGAGCUCCAGAUUACUAAAAGUGAGACCUGGAUGUUUUUCUCUGGUCUCAUCAUUGUUGAUUGAUGAAAAAUUUUCUUUUUGUGUCAAACGAAAUCGUAUUGUCGAUGCAUACAGCACAAAACUGCAGCAACGGGAAUUUGAAUUUUCUGUCUUUUUCAACAGAAAAAAACUCAAUGUAUAUAACAUUUAUGUUGCAAUAAAUGUGCCAUCUUUUUUUAAA